AUGGCGAAGAGAAGCGGGGCCGAGAAGAAGAGUGCCCGGAAAAAAAGUUGGGAGCUGAAGCACCUGAAGAAGAAGCUGAAGAAGGAGAAGAAGAAAAGGCGAGCUGCCAAGAAGAAGGCGAAGAAGGAGACCUGCAGCUCUUCGUCGUCGACGACCAGCCCAGCAACAGACGGAGGGCAGAAGGGCGGGCUGGCAGGGGAGAAGAAGUGCCCUCUAGCAGCCGAGAUGGCGGCAAUGUCCAGUGGCGAGGAAGCCAGAAUUGGAGCCGUGGGCAAACGUGGCAUUCCGAGAGGGGCAGAGGCUGGGACCAGCACGGUUACGGCUCCAGCAGUGGCCGUGCUGCUGAUGGACAAGGAGGAAGAGGAAGCCAGCACCAGUCUGGAGGCCGUAAUGCCAACAACAGUGGUGGUGGUGGUGGUGGCGGCUGGCAGAGAAGUGACUGGAGCCGACGAUCGAAUUGGUGGUCGUCGAGCAACCGCCAGUCCAGUGGUGAUGGCGGUGGUGGCGGCUGGGGAAGAAGGUGGAGAGACUUUCAAUGCUGCAGCUGCCACUCCGGUACCCGCCCCAGCAGGCGAAGGAGUCAUGCCGAAUGCAGGGGGCAAUGCCGGCCCGGUUGCGGAGACGGUGCAUGUUGAAGAGAUAGCGACCCCGGCAGAAGAUGAUGCUGCAGCUACGGGCCCGGCGGCAGCAGUCCCCAAAGCUGUGAUCCCGAAAGCUCCGGCGGCAUUGCCGAAGUCCCCUCCUCCUCCGGAGCUGCUCGAGGCAGUGGCUGCCAUGCCGAAGUUGCCGGCAGCUGGAGCUCCGACUGUGGCAGUGAAAGCUCCGCCGGUUCCACUGCUUUCUCCUUCGGUUCCUCGGCAUGCGAUUACAAACUUGGUCUAUCCUCUGCAAGAGCUUCAAACACUAGAGCAGGUAUUGGCCUGGCAGCGAUGGAUUAACUCGGGACCUACACAACCUCAAAUCCUCAGUGAAGUCCAAGAAUUUGUUCGUUGCAACAGGAACAGUCCGCUUUUCGUCUGCUCCAAUCAAACCGAGGAAGUCAGCUGCCCGCUACCUGCGUGUUUGAUAUGUCUAUCCAGCUCUUGGAUAUGCUGUCAGCCAACCCGGCGGCGUCUGCUGGUUUUGGAGAACGGGCACUUGCUCGAAUGUGGCCACGGGCCAUUCCACGCCGAAUGCCUCAGGCGUAUGGUGGCAUCGUCCCGGCCAUCAUCGCCAACCUGUCCGAUUUGUCGAGCCGAAGUGAGCCCAGCCUGGGCUGGCAACAUCAUGACAGGAGCAGCUCGAGACCUGCCGAAGUUCGUCCUUGCAGAGGCAGCAAAUCCACAGGUGCCCGGCAGGGGCAUGGGCGUCCGGUUGCCCCCUCGGGACGACAGCCUGCCGGCAGCAUCCAUGGAAGGCACAACUUCCUCGGCGGCAACUGGGGCCGGAAGCAGCAGACCGCCGCCUGAGCCCGCCUCUGGAAGUGGGAGAUUAGAAGAAGAAGCCGAUGAUGCUGCAGGUGCUGGUGGUGCGGCAGCUGUUGUGUUUGGCCCUUCUCCCCGACCGGAGGGCUUUGAAAGCCCGGAGGAGGCAGAUGAGUGA